GGCGCCUUCCUAUUGGCUGAUUUAAUCCUGUCUCAGCCAACUACAUUCAGAGGAGCCACCGUCUUGGAGUUGGGGGCAGGGACUGGGCUGACCAGCGUAGUCAUGGCAACGGUGGCCAAAACAGUGUACUGCACAGACGUUGGGGAGGACCUACUGAGCAUGUGCCAGAAGAACGUGACGUUGAACAGACACCUGAUGGAACCUGCAGGUGGGAAGGUGCGAGUACGUCUACUGGACUGGCUCAGACACGAUCUCUGCACAGACGCCGAUGCAGAGUUUGGAUGGACAGAGGAUGAAGUGGCCGAUCUCCAUGACAACACAACAAUUAUCAUCGCGGCUGACGUGUGCUACGAUGACGACCUGACAGAUGCGCUGUUCCGAACUCUGUACAGAAUCUGUAACAACCUCCGUCUCCCCUGUACUACAUACCUGUCUAUAGAGAAGAGGCUGAACUUCACUCUGAGACACAUGGACAUAUCCUGCGAGGCCUACGACCAUUUCCGCCACUGUCUGUGUGAGAUGCAGGAGCUGAGGGACGGACGGACAUGCUUCACUGUGGAGCAGGUCACCCCCUCCUUCCCACAGUGCCUGCUGUAUGAGCGCAUAGAGCAACUG